UGACGUUAAAUUCUGCUCUGUCAGAAGACAGCAUCUGUCAAAGUCCACAUUUAAACUGCUGCCUGCCUGUGCAGCAGCUGAAGAACUACGGAAUGGAUUUUAUAGACCAGAAUCCUCGGUUAAAGCAGCUCAAACCCAUUUCUAUUACUGCCUAGCAACAAUGAAGGAAUAGAGGGAAAUCCUAUUACUGAAGGCAAGCGAACCACUACGCGCUAGCACUCCCUGCUAACAUUACCAUUAGAAAUAUGGAUACUGGGGAGAAGAGAACACAGCACUGCAUUGUCCGACCAGGGAAACACCAGAUGUAAAAGCUCCAGUACAUCGUCCGUGAACGCCAGACCGCCCCCGAUCUGAAGAGAAACGAGAACUACUGUCCUUUUGUUUGAAGGAUGAACAAAAAGCCCCGAGACAAGGACAACACUUAUGAGCAAGGAAGGUAACACAGCAACGAGCAGACAGAUGGACAGAUUGGAUACCGUGAAAAGCAAUCGCAGGAAGCAGACUGUUGGGGGAUGUGCGCAUGUUCGAUAGCAUCUUUUUUGCUGAAGUGAUGGCGUGCCAAAACUAUUUUCUGUGGAUAUAAUCCUCGCACCAUAAAUGGCCUGACCAAGGAAGAGUGAGCCAUUUGGAGACAAUUACUCGACAUGAACAAAAGAAAAUGAAUACCAAAGAAUAGCAGCGGAUUCAAAAAAGAUCGAAAAAGCAUUUUGCUUGGCCAUUGUCUCAUACCCCCAUCAUUGGAUUCUUACAACAUGCUUCAGUGGAGAAGACGACACUGCUGCUUUGCAAAGAUGACCUGGAAUACCAAAAGGUCUCUGUUUCGCACCCAUCUCAUUGGCCUGGUCUCUCUCGUAUUUCUUUUUGCUAUGUUUCUGUUCUUCAAUCAUCACGACUGGCUGCCAGGCAGGGCUGGAUUCAAAGAAAAUCCCAUGGCUUAUACUAUACGAGGAUUUAGAUCCACAAAAAGUGAGACAAACCACAGCUCUCUAAGGAACACAUGGAAAGACACCGUACCUCAGACGCUCAGGCCUCUAACAGUCACCAACUCCAACAACACGGAUCUGUCACCGCAAGGAGUAACUGGUUUGGAAAAUACACUCAGUGCCAAUGGAAGUAUUUACAAUGAGAAAGGUACUGGGCAUCCAGCUUCGUAUCAUUUCAAAUACAUCAUCAACGAGCCUGAGAAAUGCCAGGAGAAGACCCCUUUUCUAAUAUUGCUCAUAGCUGCAGAGCCGGGCCAGGUGGAAGCUAGACAAGCUAUUCGACAAACCUGGGGUAAUGAAAGCCUGACACCUGGCAUCCAAAUUGUUCGUAUUUUUUUGCUGGGGUUAAGCAUCAAGAUAAAUGGAUACCUUCAGCGUACCAUACUAGAGGAAAGCAGGCAGUACCAUGACAUCAUUCAACAAGAAUACUUAGACACCUACUAUAAUUUAACCAUUAAAACUCUGAUGGGAAUGAACUGGGUUGCAUCUUACUGUCCACAUGUUCCAUACGUUAUGAAAACUGACAGUGAUAUGUUUGUCAAUACUGAGUACUUAAUACACAAGCUUCUGAAACCAGAACUUCCUCCGAGGCACAAGUAUUUUACAGGUUAUUUAAUGAGAGGUUAUGCACCUAAUAGGAACAAGGAUAGCAAGUGGUACAUGCCACCUGAUUUGUAUCCAAGUGAACGUUACCCUGUAUUCUGCUCUGGAACCGGUUAUGUUUUUUCUGGAGAUUUAGCAGAAAAAAUAUUUAAAGUCUCCCUAAGCAUCAGACGUUUACAUUUAGAGGAUGUGUAUGUGGGGAUCUGUCUUGCCAAGCUACGAAUUGACCCUAUGCCUCCACCCAAUGAGUUUGUCUUCAAUCACUGGCGAGUUUCUUACUCCAGCUGUAAAUAUAGCCACCUAAUUACCUCCCAUCAGUUCCAACCUAGUGAACUGAUCAAAUACUGGAACCACUUACAACAAAAUAAGCACAAUGCCUGUGCCAAUGCAGCGAAAGAAAAAGCAGGCAGGUAUCGCCAUCGUAAACUGCACUAGAAGGACAACGCUCCCUCUGCCAGACGUACUCCAUGUGCAAUUUGUAAAUACCGCUGAACGCAUGUACAGUGAAAAUGGAUGAGCUUAAUGGGACAGCCUUUAGUUGAUCCCCAUCACAUAGUGGAGUCUGAAAAUUAUUUUUUUAAGUUAAAAAAGUAUAGCUCUCGAUAACACGAAUAUUGUGAAACUAUAACCAAAAGGUUUUCCCAGCAAAUUUGAGGAAAAAAAGAAGGUGGUAUAUAGGGAUUUUUGUGUUAAUGUGCAAUAAUAAGCAUGCACACUUUGGUGGUACAAUUGCUGAUUUAUGUGCCAAUAAAAUAUAAUUGACCAUAUUUUCCACACUAAAACUUUGUUUUAAAGAUGCAUUCAUAGCUCUAGUUCUCUCCAAUGUAAUGAUUUCUUGUUAUCUAGAAUUGCUAUAAAAUGAAAAAUGAGAAACUAAGGAAAUGCACAAAGGGCAGAUCAGUUUUACCUUCAAAUACCACAUUCAAGUUACACGCUUCAUUAAGGUCCAACACAUUUACCAAUGUCACUUUUAGUAAGACACUACCAGUUCACCCUAAAACACUAAGUACUCUCUUAAAGUAGGUCCAGUUUUGGGAAGGUUGCUUAUUUUGGUUAGGAAGGAGGGAUAAACGAAAUCAAAGUUCAGAAGAUUGCUGCUUUGUACGUCACUUUUGGAAAUGCAAGUGAUGUUCUAGAUUCAACUGUGGAUUCAACUAGAUUCUCCUCAAAAUGCCGACUAAGUUACUUCACUCUCUAGAAGUCAUAGGGCGAGCUCCUAAAAUCUCGUGCCAAGUAACAUUCAUCUUGGCAUCUUUAAUAGCAGAUUCAAUUAAUUUGUGUAAUUUCCUCAUGUAACUUCAAGAUAACUUAAAGGCUGAUCAGAAAUGCAAAAUGGAACUUCAAGUCUUUCACUGUAGUCUCAAAAAUGUCCCAUUUUGUGGAAAGAGGGAGAAAACCAACCAAAUCUUUGUUGAUUUUGCUCUUUCCUGCCUGCCAAAAAGAAAAAGGAUCAGUCAAGUGAAAAAUAGGUCUGCUGGAGAAAACUAAGCCACACACCUUACUUUAUAGGUGGGGAAAACUAGGUCAUGGUAAAUUGAGAGUUCCAGAUAGCAAUAUGGGCAAGAACAAAAUCUACGCAUUUUUAGAAAUUAAAGCCACAACACGUACCACUGAAAAUAAGUUGUGAGAAGUAGGUUAACCCUAUUUACAGGUUUCCACUUUUUUAAACAAACAGAACUUUUAAAGUUUAUUUUCCAACAAAGUUGCAGCAGAGUUGUAUCAGAUUCAGGUUAUUACUGUUUGUCACAGUGCCAGGGUAAGCAAUACCCACCUCUCAUUUAGCACCAAAUGAUGGAACUGUGAUUAGUUUUCUGUUUGACUGGGACUUUUUAAUUGGAUAAAAUACAAA